AUGUCAUCAUCCAGCUUUGAGGGCGGUCGUUUCAAGCGCCCAGAAGAAAGAGUGGUUACUUGGCAGCAUGAUGGAUCCCGCAUCGAUAAUCCUGCUUAUUUACCCGCUCAGUGGGAUCCGAAUGAGUAUGAUCUCAAUGAGAAUGAUAUUGAUGGCAACAUUGAGCGUUGCCAUCUGAGAAUCCAGGAAAACAUUCUACCAAACAUGUUCCAAGCCCGCUUGGCGAGAUACAUGGAACGUAAGGCAGCACGAGAUGCAAUCAUCGCCGCUGCACCGGGGCUGCCUUCGAGAGUCGCCCAGCGCCUCGAUGAUCUUCGAGCUAUUCAGGAGAACUUACUCAAGAACGACCCACAAGAGCAGAUGGCCAAUGUCCAAGCCAUCAUUGCCGCGUACCUCGACGGAUCGCUUGUGUGGAAACGGGGCACUGUUACCUUCUGGUCGUACGGUAAGAUGGUCUGGGGCCCAGGGAAGUUUGACUGGCAGACUUUCAAUUCUGUCAACCAAGAGCACCGGGGCCACAGGUCAUUCUGGGUUGAAGAGUGCAAUCCAAGUUCUGGAACUCUCUACACAAGUUGGAAGGAGCCCCCCGGUGGCACAAAUUACCAGCACAGCAUGAGAAUGCGCAUCAGAAUCCCAGGCAUCGCCGACCCCUUCGUCACCCGCGUUUGGGACUUCCUCGACGACACCGGCGCCUCUUCCACGGGCGUCUUCCAAUGCGACAUCCAAGAACUCGAAAACGCAGCCCAAGUCCAAAUCCAAGCCUUUGGCCACGAACGAGUCGCAACCGCCAACGGUAAAGUCUGCGUCCCGGCUUAUCACCUGCAAGCCCGUUUACUCGCCAACAACGACUCCAUGCUGUUAAUCCCCUGGACCGAUAUCAAGGUCUGGGUUAUGCCCGGGCAGCCGACGGCGAAGUUCAGGAGACUUUCCGGAAUCUGGCCGCGGCACUUGCUGUAUUUUGCUGACGUUCCAGACAAUGAGGGUAAUCUAUAUCUCUCUGAUAAUAAGGGUGAGUUAUUGGUGAAUUUGCCUGACGUUAAUGUGACACAGGCGAUUCCCCCGCGAUGGGAUGUUCUUGAACCCAUGAGUGACGACGACAAUAUGGAUUUGAUGAUUUAG